UUUAAAACCACACUGUGCUGUGGACUCUCCAUAUUCAAUUCAGUGCUUGCAAAUCUUCUCUGAGUUCAGUGCCUUGCCCUUGGCCAUGGGAAGAGCUCCAUGUUGUGACAAAGCUAACGUCAAAAGAGGUCCUUGGUCUCCUCAAGAAGAUGAAACUCUCAAAAAUUACCUCAUGAAACAUGGGACUGCUGGUAACUGGAUUACUCUACCACAAAAAGCAGGCCUUAAGCGCUGUGGAAAGAGUUGUCGUCUGAGAUGGCUCAACUAUCUCAGGCCUCAUAUCAAGCAUGGAGGUUUCACUGAUGAGGAAGACCAACUUAUCUGCACCCUUUAUGCCACCAUCGGAAGCAGGUGGUCCCUUAUAGCUGCACAAUUACCUGGGAGAACAGACAAUGAUGUGAAAAACCAUUGGAACACUAAGUUAAAGAAAAAGUUUUUGGCCGAAAACACCAAUGCCACUGUUUGUCCACAGUUCUCAACUUCCACUCCUCAGCCUCAAGUUGAAGAUCAUGUUUUUGAUCAUAAGAACUCAUCUGAGUCCCAUGUUCUACGUUUUGAGCAAACACCAAUUCCAAAUCCUUCACCAUUGCCUUUAGGAUCAGAUGUUUCAGGUCUUGGCAGCAGUUUUAGUGCACCACUACCCAAUGAAGUUUCACUUCUUUCAAAUUCAAUUUCCUUGGUAAAAGAGGAGAAUGAGACCCAAUGGUUUGGCUACCAUGACAACAUUGAAGGUGAAGCAUUUUUGCUUGAUUUUGUGUAUGAAGAUCUGCUGCAUAAUGGGUUUGUUUCUCAAGAUUGAAGCAGUGGAAUUGCCCCAUCAUUUGGUUAACCAAAGGCUCUCUCUCAAAACCAACACCAUCUCAGAAAGAAAGUGACAUAUUACGUCAAAGUGUCAUGGAUUGAUUUCAUUAUUGACUAUAGUAUUAGUACCAGUAAUUAAUUAAAUACCCUUCAAAUGUGGACUUUAAUUAAAGUAGUUAUUAGGUGUGUAAGGAAUUAUGCGAGCUUUUGUGGGUGAAUUUCAAACAUGAUGAUAGAAAGAUCGCUGAAGUUACAUUUUAGUCAAAUAUUCUAGUGCCUUUUUACUUUUAAGAGGAAAUCUCAUUGAUAUGGAAUUCUCUUUUAUGUCAUAUAGUUUGUUUUAUCAUGAUGUAGGGACUUUAAACUAACAUUCAAAGGUUCAUGAAUGUGGAUGGGAUUGCACGUAGGUCUCAGUGGCCACUGGUCACGGAAAUUGCGUUGGUUCUUGAAUAUUUUCUAAGCAGAGAAAAAAAACAAAUUAAGGG